AUGGGGAAGAUCUUCAACGCUGCAGAAGUUGCUAGUCAUAACACCAGCAAAAGUUGCUGGGUAGUCCUAUAUGGAAAAGUCUACGAUGUGACCAAUUUCGUCGCCGAGCAUCCAGGAGGCGCAAAUGUGAUUCUAAGGCUCGCAGGAAAGGAUGCAACCGAGGAAUAUGAUCCUGUACAUCCUGAAGGCACGCUCGAGGGCAACCUCAAGCCCGAGGCACUUCUCGGCAGUAUUGAUCCCGCCACAAUGCCUAAGUCUGAGACACCAUCAGGAGGCUCUGAGAAGACUUUAGAAGACGUGCCAGUGCACACGCUCCUCAAUAUGGAUGAAUUUGAAGAACUUGCCACGAAAAAGAUCAGCAAGAAAGCGUGGGCAUACUACUACUCCGCGGCCGACGACAAGAUCACGAAGCGCUUGAACACUGAGGCCUUCCGCUCAAUUCUCUUACGACCUCGGGUCUUCAUUGAUUGUACAGAGUGCAAUCUCGACACCUCUUUAUUAGGGAACCGACUUUCUCUGCCUAUAUAUGUGUCCCCAGCCGCCCAGGCUCGUCUGGGUCAUCCAUCUGGUGAAGCAGGCAUUGCCGAGGCAUGCAAUAGUAUGGGUGCGCUACAAAUCAUCUCAAACAGUGCAUCCAUGACGCCAGAACAAAUUGUCGCCAACGCCACACCGGACCAGGUAUUUGGAUGGCAACUCUAUGUAAACGACGAUCGAAGCAAAAGCGAAGCCAUGAUUGCGCGAGUCAACAAACUUGACGCGAUCAAAUUCAUCGCCCUAACUCUUGACACGCCAGUUAUGGGCAAAAGAGAGGAUGACCAGCGUUUCGGCAAUGUCAUCGACGAACUCACGGAACAGUCAUCACCUGAAGCCUUUAAGCAGCGCGAGAAGCAAGCCUUUGCAGGCAUGGAUCCGAGUCUAACCUGGACGGAGACCCUCGCCUGGUUGGCGAAACAUACCACUCUCCCUGUUGUCCUUAAAGGUAUCCAGACGCACGAGGAUGCCUAUAUUGCCUCCUUGCAUCGGCCACAGGUGAAGGGGGUUAUCCUUUCCAACCACGGCGGUAGAUCUCUUGAUACCUCACCCCCGGCGGUUCAUACGCUGCUUGAAAUACGGAAAUACUGCCCUGAUGUUUUUGAUAAGAUUGAGGUGUGGAUGGAUGGUGGUGUGAGAAGAGGAACGGAUGUUGUCAAGGCUCUUUGCUUAGGUGCCAAGGGCGUUGGUAUUGGGCGGCCUCCACUCUGGGGCUUGGCUGCUGGAGGUGUCGAUGGCGUGAAGAGGACAUUACAGAUUUUGGCGGAUGAGACCAAGACUUGCAUGCGUUUGCUUGGGGUUCAGAGAGUAGACCAACUUGGAAUGCAGCAUAUCAAUUCCCGACUAGCUGAAAGGCAGAUCUACGAUGGACCGUCCGGUCUUGAGCCUAAAUCCCGACACCAACUAUCCGACACUCGCUUGAUCCUCGAUGCGCUCAAGAAAUUUGGCGAAGUCAAUACAUUCAAGAACCUCAAGUUCGACUUCCAUCACGCGAAACCAAAUAACAUCAAUCGCUGCAUUCGUGUGAUCUUCGACGAAAAAGAAGCAGCAGAACGCGCCAUCGCCGCAUCGCCUCUGAAAGUCUCCAUUUCCCAACGACAACCACAAUCACAAUCACAACCAGCAAACAACCCCUCGUCCACCGAACCCUCUUCCUCAAACCCAUACACAGACUCCGCCCUCAGCAAACACACCUCAACUUCCCACAUCGCCCCCGCGAAUCAAGUAAUAACCUGCUCAAUCGAGCCAGACACCCACACAGAAGCAAUGAUAACCUCACGCACAAUGUUCAACGUCUACUCCACCCGCAAAAAGGACAAUCACAUUCUCCAUGACCUCAUGGGUCCAGAAACAAACAUACCGCUCCCACAACUAGCCGAUACGAUCAAACGCGAAGGGCUGGACCAUUACGACAAGAAAAGGAGGCCGGAUCCCAACGCGCCGACCUUAAUGGAGCUUUACAGAGAGGGCGUACAAGCUGCCGCUGAUGCAAAGAACCCGCGCUCGAAAAUCGUUACGUUGGAAGAGGCGCAUAAAUCGCGUCAGCAUCAGCAUCAGCACGAGCACGAGGCGACUGCUCGCGAAAGCGGGUUGAAGCGAUUGGCUAAGGAGAAGACACAUCACCUUCAGACGGCGGAAGAUUGA